AUGUCGCCGUUGAAAGGGUCCAACAUCGAUUUAACACAAAUCCGGAAAGCCGUCAACAUGCUGCCGGUCACCAUCCGCACGCCGCCUGCGGUCGCGGAUUACACCCCGAUCGAGGAGUGGGAGUCGCAGACCCCGCAGUCCUUCACACCCGAGAAGGCAGUGUUGCAUUCCCACCUUGAGGCCGCCAGGGCGUGGGUUCCCGCGUCGCAAAAGGGCGGCCUGGCCGUCGUGUUCCCGGCGGAUGGCUCCACUGCUGCGAGCGCCCCCGAAGGCGCGACGUUGAGGGAUGCUGGAGAGGAGCUGGUCGAGCAGACUGUGUCGGUCUUUGUUACUUCAGAGCAAUUCAUCAUCUUCUCGUCAGCGGCAGGAGCAGGUGUCGGCAUCUCGUACCCCGCCAUCUCCAUCCACGCCGUCAAGGCGGUCGGCACCAUCGCCGACGACAAGCCGCUCCAGGCCAUCUGGAUGCAGCUCCAGCUCGCGGACGGCGGCGACGGCGACGGCGACGACGACUACGACACGGUCGACCUGACCAUCGUCCCGGGCCUGACGGACGGCGCGCAAGCGGACGUGCAAAAAUUCUACGAAGCGAUCUCGACGUGCUCGGAUCUGCACCCGGACCCGGCCGAUGAGGACGAGGAGAUGGACGACGACGCUGGCGGGCGCAUUAUCUUCGAGGGCGAUCACGAGCCCGUGGAGGGGUACACGGGUGUGCUGCACGGCGCGGCGGAUGGCGGGCUGCCGCCUUCGUUCCCGGGCAGCGGGGGCUGGAUCACGGCGGAGAACGUGCACUUGCACUUUGACGCGGAUGGGAACUGGAUCGGCGGGCAGAAUGGCGAGGAGGGCGGUGAGCUUGGGGAGGGCGCGGGAAGGGUCAGAGGCCACGAUGAGGUCAACGGCGGCGGUGUGAACGGCCACGACGAUCCCGAGAACAAGCGGCCGCGCGUGGAUGAGCCAUAG